AAUGCCUUGACUCUACUAAAAGCCAAAGAACUCGAGGCACAACACACUUUCUGCUCUCUGGCGCCUGUAAAGCCUCCUUGCCAAGAAUAAAGGUACUGUACCUUCUUCGACCAUGACAUUGGAUUCCCUGCAACAACAACAACCCCACCACGACCAUGCUGUGAGCAAUACUUCCAAUACUAAUAAUGGCCUCCAUACCACUAUUACCAAUGACAGCCACCCUCCAUUGGUCCAAGACGUGGACGCCACAGUCAUACCCCAUCAUGCUCACGCUCACCAUGGUCCCCCCAAGACGACGGCGUGGGAUGCUUGGAUUCAACUGACCAAGGCAUAUAUAGGACCGGGUUGUCUGUCGUUGCCAUGGGCUAUGAGUCAAUUGGGGCUACCCGUCGGGACCUUGACCAUUUUCAUUGUGGCGUGGUGGACAUCCUACAAUUGUUGGAAUGUCGUGGUAUUGAAACGAACCAUUAUGAGGGAACAACGGGCAGCAGCAACAACAACCAGUAGAGAACAAGAAGACCAUACCACACAACCACACCAAGUGACGUAUCCCGACGUGGGAGAAUGGGCGUACAAUGCCAAAUUCAAAGAGAUUUUAUUAGUCUCCAUUUGCGUACAACAAUUGGCCGUUUGUACCGUCUUUUUGAGUUUUAUCGGAGAAAAUAUUGCCGCCGUCAUGGAACGAACGCUUGCAGAGGAAGGAGAAAAGGGUCCCUCGCAUGCCUUGGUCAUUACCAUGGCACUCCCCUUUGCCCUCCUGCUUAGCUUUCUACCCAAUCUCAAAGUACUCAGUCCCGUCAUGGUUGUCGCCUCCAUUUCCCUCUUUGUUGGAUUUGGAUUACUGGGUGUCGUCGUGGCGGAAGAAUGGGAACAUCGACCUACUACUGAUACAGAUCAUACCCAUAUCGAAUGGUCCCAAGUACCCACGGCCGUCUGUGCCAUUCUAUACUCGUACGAAGGAAUCUGUGUCAUUCUUCCCGUCGAAUCUGCCAUGGCACAGCCGGAUCGGUAUUUUGGAACGGUGUUUGUCACUUCCAUGACAUUUACCGCCAUGGUAUUUGCUGCCGUGGCGUGUCUCUGUGUCGUUGCAUUUGGAGAUGUCACGGAUGGAUCCAUUACGGCAUUUUUGGUAGAAACACUACAGGAUGAUACCAUGAAAUGGUGGCUCUACAUGGCCAAUACGGCCUGCAGUGUCGCCGUAUUGUUGACGUAUCCACUACAACUAUUUCCCAGUUUUGAAUUGAUGGGGCCGUGGAUGACACGGGUGUUGCGGUUGGAUAUUGGGACGCAUCAUUCCUAUCUUCUCCGAAGAGGAAGACGAAUGGUACGGAGCUUUUCGCCCAUUCCAUCUUGCAAUCCCGAUGAUCGGGCCGUUGUGGGCAAUCAUGAGUAUCAUGAUCAUGAUCCGGUAGUGGCGGUAGUCAGUAGUAACAACAACCAUGAGACAACAACCAGCAACAACAGUAAUGACGAGGACUGUCUGAAUGGAAAUGGAAAUGCUACAAAUACUACCGUGACUGCCAUGGAAUUCAGUGGCGAGGCGGCGGCCGACGAGGAGUACUAUACCGACGACAUGAAUCCAUGUGCCGAGGCAUAUCCAACACCAGGAGAUUCCCCACAACUACGCGCCAUUUUGGUCAUUUUCACAUACAUUUUGGCCAUUGCCGUACCCAAUGUCCAGCUCUUGGUAUCCUUGGCAGGAGCAUUGAGUGGAUCGGCCACGGGGCUCAUUUUCCCGCCGUUGUUGGUGCUGGCCCAUGUCAAACGACAAGAACGGUCGCUUCGUUCCAGCAUCAUUACGGCCACCGAAAAUGAGGAGGAGGAUGACGAUGGGGAGGAUACAGUGACGACGGGAGCCACCAGCAUGCAACAGCAAUCAUCCUACAAUGACAGCAACAACAUGCCUUCUCUGGCAUCGUUGCAAUGGAAAAAGCUGGAAUGUUACGUCUUGUUUGCUCUGGGAGUCCUCGUUUGUGUCUUUGGCACCUUUGCGGCGCUCGAUGAUAUCGUCCGAGUUUAUCUGGGAGAGGGGGAUACCGGUAGCUAAACAUAUUAUCGAUACGCCGCACCCGGUCGCCAAUGGAGGUUGCGACUUCUCACAAUCUUUAGACUGUGCACGUAUGGAAUUGAGGCCGGGCGGCCAAAAAAGUGAGCCGAAUUCACCCUGCACUAAAAAUUACUAUGGCUAAAAAAAGUGUUACCGACUACUUUUUUGGGCAUCCCAUGGGUACAGACGAGACGAUGGCGACCAGCGGUAACACUUUUUUUGCUUGACAGCGACGAUGUUGACCAUGGUGUCGGGAAUUAUUUUAUUACGCGGUGUUUCUUGUUGGUGUUAUCUUGUUGUCACGCUGUAAUGCACCGUGGUUGGAGGCCGCAGUUGGAGGCUUUCGAAUGAUCCACCGGACUCGACGACUCGACGCGACGACGGUAACAAAGAUCGACAGCCUCGACACCAGUAGUAGUAGUAGUAGUAGUAGCAGUAGUAGUAGCAGCAGCAGCAGUAGUAG